AAACUAAUCUACUGUACCUACCGGCUUUCCGUACCUACCAUACCAUACAUUCGUAUUUCGUACAUAAUUCAUUUCAAUCUUCAUUUCAUUCAUUCUGUUUGCAUCAAUAGAAUUGGUCGCGUCUUUGUUUUGCCAGUUUCGUACUGUCAUGUUCAAUCGUUGCCAUAGUAUUUUUAAAAUCGAAUUAUAAUUUAAUACGCAUUUAAGUUCAACAAAAAAAAAAAUGAAUUUGUAAUUAAAAAUAUGUUUUUUAAAUAAUUUAUUACAGUAAACCAGUAACAGGCUCGAAUCUCAGUGAAGAUUAGUCUGCAGGUAUUACAUUAUCUCUUAACGCGGACAUCUCGAUGUCUGAAUUGUCUGAUAACCGAAUUGCUUUAGUUUGUUCCGCCGUUUAAUACGUAACAGUCGCUGGCUUCAUAGUCGUGUUGUGCCGAUAACGUUCAACAAAGAACAGCAUCAGUGAUAAUUCGUGAACUUUAAAAAGAACAGUUUUCAUACUUAUUGCGUUUUUUUUUUCGCGGCAAAAUCAUGGCGAGCUACGUGCCAGAAUAUUUGUCCAAUUUUGUGGAAGAAUUAGAUGAACAUCCGUGGAUUUUCGCUUCGCUGGCGUCGAUGCUGGUCGGUUUAAGCGGCAUCUUACCGCUGUUCAUCAUUCCACUGGAUUCUUCAGCCACAUUCGAAGAUGGGCCCGGGGCAGCCACACUUCGGAUCCUGCUCAGUUUCGCUGUAGGCGGUCUACUGGGCGAUGUCUUCCUCCACCUACUACCGGAAGCGUGGGAAAAUGAUAUGGCCAACACUAAAGCGGGACAACACGUUUCUCUCAAGAGCGGUCUGUGGUGUCUGUUCGGUAUGCUGGUCUUCAUAGUCGUGGAGAAGCUGUUCUCGGUGGACGAGCACAACGACGGCGAAGAGGAGGAGGAGAAGCAGAACGGCGCAAUAAAGCAGAUAGAGAUCGAAGAGAUCGAGAAACUGCUCGAGAUCGAAAGGAAACAUCGGGGAGUGGAUAAGGGGAUCUGCAAUGGAACGGUGACCGCCAAGCAGAUAUACGAUUCUUGUAUCUUCAAUAAUAACACUAAAGGCGAAGGAGGAUGUUGCAGUAUGCCUACAAGCAACGCUGGAGCCAGCGGCCGCUGUAAGGGCUCCUCUCGCUGGAUGGGGCGCUGCUUGCUUCGGGAAGCUCGCGAGAAAGCACUCCGCGCCAGUAAAGAGAAAACUGAGAAGAAAGAUGUGGCGGGCUAUUUGAAUCUGAUGGCGAACUCGAUCGACAACUUCACCCACGGACUCGCGGUCGGGGGCUCGUUCCUCGUCGGGUUCCGGGUCGGAGUUCUCACCACCUUUGCCAUAUUAGUGCACGAGAUCCCGCACGAGGUGGGAGACUUCGCCAUACUGCUGAAGAGCGGGUUCUCCAGGUGGGAGGCCGCCAAAGCACAACUGGCCACGGCGACGGCGGGGCUGGUGGGCGCCAUGACGGCCGUCGUGUUCAGCGGCGCCAGCAAUUCGCUCGAAGCGAAGACCUCGUGGAUCGUGCCGUUCACGGCGGGCGGGUUCCUGCACAUCGCGCUGGUGACGGUGCUGCCGGACCUGCUGCGGGAGCACUCCAAGCUGGAGUCCCUAAAGCACUUCGCGGCGCUCGCCCUCGGCAUCCUGCUCAUGCACACCCUCACCACGUACUUCGGGUAGACCACAAGCAGCGGUAGGCAGCGGCUCGGCUCUGCCCCUGGCAUUGCUGAAGUCCAUGGGCGACGGCAACCACUCACCAUCAGGUGGGCCGUGUACCUCGUCUGCCUACAAGGGCAAUAAAAAAAAAGUAGAUGAUAGGAUCCUCCUAGCUGUCUACAUACCACAAGUAGAUAGGUUGUCAUUUAUGAGAUUUUGUGAUUGCGUUUGCAAGUAAAAAUAUAAUAUUUUAGUUCAAAAUUAUUGAAACAAUGUAUCGGAUAUAAUGUUUUAAAUAUAUAUUUUUAAACUUUCACCACGAUUAUACAAUAUAUAAAUUUAAAGAAUAACAUAUUUGCACGUAGAGUUCAUAGAGAGAUGUAAUCAAUAGAUAUAUUUUUGUAAAAAAAGUUAACCAUUUAAAAAGUAUUAUUAUAUAUCGAAUAUUAGGAUAGAUUUAUCUUUUUAAAUAAUAUUCAAUGUGUUUAUUUAUAAUAUGAAAUUUUCUUCGUUUUUUAACAAACCCUUGUACAAACUUUGACUCAUAAUUUUUGGAUGGUACGUAUUUCCUUCCUAUAAAUGAGUCGACUAUUAUCAAAGGCGGCAAUCUGACUUUUGGACAAUGAUUGGUAAAUCAGAAAAACGAAUUAUUGACUUUGUAUUCCAUUGGCAGUCACAAAACUCUUCGGAACGACAUCUUAGAUAAAUAACAGGUUAACUAUUAACCUUUAUUUAAUGCAGGUUUUGAACCGUAUUCUUUGAAGGAGACGAUUAUAUUCAAAUAAAUCUGUAUUGACAUAUCAAUAAAAAUUUUUUGUCCAAAUGUACAGAUUGCCGCCUUUGAUAAUAGACGACUCAAAUAUGCAUAUAUACUAGGAUACCCGACAGACGUUCUCCUGUCCUAAAUUCAAAAAUAUCACACCUUUUUGAUACAACAAAAUAAAUAAAGUGUUUUGUGGGCCGAAUUGUCUAAUUUAAAACAUUCUAGACCACAUACAAAAAAUUCAUCAAAAUCCCUCCAACCGCUUCGGAGGAGUUCGCUGACAUACAUACGGACAGGAUAAUUAUAUUAUAUAUUUCAUAUCCCAAACGAUCCGUGAGAACGAAUCCGGGACUAUCGACAAUUCGGACGUAUUUUUUCGAUCCCUCUCAAAGUAAAUUUAGUUUAAAUAAUAUAAAUCAUUAGUAUACAACAAAAAUAAUGAUUGUUUUAAAUUUGUUAAUUUUAUUUCUAUUAUCACUAUUUUUUGAUCGGUUUGGUUAAUUACGUCUAGUCACCACAUAUGACGUCACACCAUACGCACACUUAACACAAUCCAAGGGUCGAAACGUCAAUCACCAAGAAAAACUUAUAUCUAAUACGUCCUCACAUUAUCAACCGCAGUCCGUACGCGGCGACUUGUCCAAUAUAUAUUGGCAAAACUGUCCGGGGACAGCAUAACUAAUAUUCAUUAUCAACAUAUAAACACUAAAUAGUAUUUAGCCAGUGUAUACCAAAAACCAAUUAGUAUAAUGUAAAACAUAUUCUUAUAUAUAAGUCGCAUAUAUUUUUCGUUCGCAAAAUGUUUUGUUCACAUAUUUAUUGUACUUAACUAUUGGAAUUACAUUUUAUGAUACAAAUUAUGGAUAAUCACAGUAGUGAUAAGUUUAUUAGCCUGGAGAGAAAAAAAAUCCGUAUUUGAUUUGAAAAAUUAUACAGUACUCGAAUUACAUGUUUUCAAAAAUAUAUUUUAAGUUAAUUUAAGUUUAUACUUGUACAAAGUUUAAUAACAUGUACAUACAAUUUCGAUGUUAAUUAGUUGUAAGUAAAAAUACUUAGUUGAUUAAGUAAGAGAUGUCUAAAACAGCCCUAAAGUUGCCUAGUGAAUGUAUCGGUAACUGUAAAAUCGAAUAGAAACUAUAUUACAGUUUAAGCAGUAGUGUGUUAUAAGAAACGCGUUGUAGGAGUCUUUUUGCAUAACGCGCUUGUAUGACCCCAUAUAACGCGCUAUGUACAAAUAUACAAUAUAAUAUAGUUGUAUACAAUAUAACAUUAAAAGAAUUAGAAACAUAAAUUUAAUAAAUUACUUCAGUUUUGUUUUUUAACAACAUAAUCAAUGUACAAUGUAUCAAGGUAGACGAAAUUGAUUAUGAAAUGUACAAACCAUUAUAAAUUUCACAAUAUGCACAGAAAUCCUCGCGUUAUAUGGGGGAAUACCCGUGCUAUACGAGGCAUUGAAAUCGCGUAAUAUGAUAAUGCGUUAUAAGAGUGCAGUGUUAUAGGGGACUAUUGUAUAAUAAAUCUAUGGAAAUUAUACAUAGUUGUGUAUCAGCUGUGUACUGAACACGACUCACUCGAGGAGUCGUUGAGUGAACUCAAAUGAUGAUAAUCAGUCAAUCGUGUUAGAUACAUUAUUUAAUACUUUUAUAAAGUCAUUUGAGCAAUACUCUUUUUUCCCUUAAUUAUUCACUAAGCCUAAGAGGCUUAACUUGAGAGAAUUUGCUAACACUAUGCCUAGCAAGAGCGGUGCUUCCCAGAAUCUACCACCGGAUCGGAAACGCGACCCACUGAGAAGAUCCGGCGAGAAACUCAGUGGGAGUUCUGGUCUUUUUAAAUUUUCGAUAAAAUAUUAUAAAAUAUUUUUACAAUAUAUUUAUUAUACAAAUGCGUUAUAUGUAAAAGUUAUAUAGGUGUUUUUGGUUUUCACUAGUACUAAACAUCAUUGUCGAUUGCUGCUAUAUAACUAAUCGCUGAAUUAGAGAAUUAAAAAAAACUUUCUAAACUAAUCAUCUCAUAGAUAAGUCAAAUGGUUAAUGGAAAUUUUAACUGGAAAUACGUAAAGUUAAUAGUCGUGAAGUAAUCGUCAAAUCUAUUAAUUAAACAUCAGUGUACAAAUUGAUCUCUCCUUUUCAAAGCAAUGAACCGCAUUUCUAAUUUAGUUGAAGUCUUAGGAUGUAGUUCGCAAUAUACAGGGCACGUGUCUAACGAAGCAACACGAGCACGUGUGUAAAAUAUAACUCCACUUAUAUUGUGAUAAAUGUGUCAUUUAGGUUUUUUUUAAUAUAUAAAUUGUAAAUUUCGUCAAAAUACUAAAUAAAGAAGUUCAAUUAUAAUUAUGAUUUCAAUACCUUCUGUUUGUUCAUAAAGCGAUUAUAUUUAUUUUAAAGUUGAUUAAAUAAUAGUUACUCAACGCAAAUGACAACCCAACGUACAAACUUUACAUUAAGUAAUACAACAUGCGCAUAGGAGACGUUUUUAUCAAUCAAAUUCUUGACACACGAAUGAAAAUCCAACUAAUAAGCGGUCAGACUUAAGAGGUUGAAUUUAUUAACAAAUACAUUAAAUGGAAAAAGUUUGCUAAAGAAAGAGGUUAAAUAAUGUCGAUAAUUUCGCUCUGAAGAUGAUAUUCUAUUAUAUUAUAGAAAUAGCGAUUAGCUUUGUAUCCACUAAAUGAAUAAAUGUGAUAAAAAUGCCAUUAAAAAGUAUUAUAAUGUAAAAAUGUUAAUAAAAAUAAAUAAAAUACGUGAAAUACAGAA